GCCUUCCCAGAAUGGAUAAAAAAAAUAUUAACAUUUGACAGUACCAUUUAUCGAAAUGUUAUUUCGAUAAAUGGUAUGUUAAAUGUUUACCGGGAUCACAAAAAUAAGUACUUACAAUUAUAAUAUUGUGAUCCUGAUCUGAAAUAAAUUUCCAAUUCGAAAAACUUAUUAGAUUGCCGAGAAAAUGGCAUCAUUGUCUAGCGUCAGAAGACAUAGCUAAAAUGUUUUUAUUUGCUAUAACAAAUCUCUUCGUUUAAUUCCAUCUAUAAAUUGGUUUUGCAUAACUGAAGUGAAACUUAAUUUUAGAAGUUUUAUGAUAAUAUCUAUUGUUAAUAAAAAGUUUUUCUUUGAUAGUUCAGAUAAAUGGAUUGGUCGGCAGUAAGACAUCAUUUUAAACAAACGUGGCUAACAACAAUUCUUAGCCUUAUAUUGUUUACCGGUGUAACAUAUUUUUUGAUUUGGGCAGAGAGCCAAACAAUUCAAAGUAACUUGAUGCUUGAGGAGUUGGUUGCUGGAGCAGAAAGUAUCGAUGUCCAUACAGGAGAUGAAGCACCAAGAUAUGAAGGACGCAUUGUGCAUAUAGUUGGGCCUCUACGUAUACUUGAGCCUAUAUCUGAACCAGACUAUAACAUUCAAGUGCUGGCAGUGAAACUGAGAAAAAGGGUACAGAUGUACCAAUGGAUUGAAGAGACCACUGAUAAGGAGAAUUUUCUAUCUGAGCCAGGAGAUGAGACACAGAAAACAUAUUGGUAUCAUAAGGAUUGGAGAGAUUAUGUUGUGGACUCUUCUCUAUUUUAUAUAAGGCCGGGUCAUCAUAAUCCUACAUCCAUGCCUAUGUUCAGUGAGACACAUAUUUCUGAAAAUGUUAAGAUUGGAUGGUUGUACCUGGGUAUAGAGGUUAAACGUAAAGUUAAUGACUAUUAUGAGAUAUGGUCAGACUCCAGGCCAGAGCGUAGUGACAUUAAAUUGCAUUCUGGAUUUUAUUAUCAUGGAGAUAGUGCACUUGAACAUCAAAUUGGAGACCUCCGAAUACAUUUUUCGUAUGCUGGACGUGAGGAUGAUAUUUACACUGCAGUUGGUAUUGUAGAGCAAGGUGUUCUACAAGCGUAUAGUGCAUCGAACUUUCCAACUGCAGACCCUAUAGCACUCCUUCGCAAAGGUUCUUACAGUUUGAAACAGCUGCAUGACUUGGAACGUCGCGACGCAAACAUCCACACUUGGAAGUACAGAUUGUUAGGCUUUGUUCAAGUGUUUGCGUCGGCCAUGACGCUUCAUCCUGAUUGGGUCACCCUAUUGCUUCAAUGUCAAUGGAUUUCAAGUAAUUUAAGAAGAUGUACGCGAUUAUGGGUCAAUUUUAUAUUGUCUUUUUCGUAUACGCUAUUUGUGAUAUCAGUUCCUUGGUUGCUACACAAACCGACAUUCGGGGCUAUGGUGUUAGGCGGAGCACUCCUUCCUAUCCUACAUUAUUCAACUAUUUUAAUGAGAAGGGAAACUACACCAGAACCUCCACCAUAUACACGUUGGAACAACAAUGCACGUUGAAAAUGAACAGAUUGUAGCAUUAUGAACCCUGUUCUGUCGUGAAGACUCAAGAUUAAUCGAAAGUGAAAUAUAAUUAGAUAUUUGCAAUAUUUAACUUAAACAAUACCUCCAAUUUCCUGAAAUCAUGACUCAAGAAUAUUUAAAGAACAGUUAUUUAGGUGCCAACACGCAGUUCCUGUGAGAUUUAAGACUAUUGUAGGUAUAGAAUAUGGCUGAAGAGUUGCACAACUUGGAGAUAAGUUUUCAUUUCAUACAUCUUUCUCAAAUGACAUUAAGUAAAAUAAGUUUGAAAGUAACAUUAAUGUUAUGAAACAUAUAAUUUUCAGUAGUUCUUUUCAAUACUGUACAGGCAUUUAUUUGUGUCAUUAUAAUAUGCAGCCAUAUUUUAGUCAAAUAUACUCCCAAUGAACCUCAUAAAUGUAAUAAUUUAUGUACUUAAUAUCGUCCUUUAGAUAUAGUCAUUGUAGGUUGUUGUAAAGUUUGCAUAAUUUCGAAAUUAACCAAUGUUUUUGCAGCACUUUUUUUACUAAUAGUUCAUAAACAUCAGAUUCCAUUACGGAAAAAUAAUCAAAAAUACAAAAAGAUGUUUUGUAAGAAUGUUUUGAAUAUAAUCAAAACAUCGGAAGGACGUAGACAUCAAUGUCUAUGUCUUGGGAGGUAAAAUAAUUUUUAAAUUACAAAUGAAUUGGGGCGACUUUUGCACGACGAUUCUUCCUCGAGGGCGAAGAGCAAUGUAAAGUAAUUGACUAAAACAAAAUGAUGAAUUUGAAGCCGCUACGUAGCUAUAGAUGCUGGUUUUAAAGUUCACUCAUACGAAUAUGAUUUGUCAUUGUUUAUUGAAUUGAUGACCUCUGCGGUGUGAGAGAAAACCGGUAUUUAUACUACUGGUUUUCAAAGUGUCGUCUUCAAAGAUGCCCUGGGUUCGAAUCUUGGCAAGGCAAAUGUUUGUAUGUUGAGUAGGUACGUGCCUAGUAUCCCUUAAUGCAAUCCUUACAGUGCAUACUUUGGGGCUAGACUAAUUGGUGUGAGUGUUGGAAACUUUGAUUAAAUUCACAUUAGAUACCGUAUUAACUGUACGGAAGCGGCGAAAAAUAUCUACUAUUUAUGGUAGAUAUGCUCUUAGCUACACACGCACAGAUUGACUGCUUUAAUACGAUCUGACAUUAGAGUCGUGUGGUUAUUUGGAUUGCUCUAUCUAGGCGUAUAAAUAAUAAAAGGUUAGAAAUAUGUAUUUAUUUAUUUUCAAAUGAGUGGAAGUGACAAAGUACUUGAGGCGGUUUGUUUUGAUUGUGUAAAUACUAUAUUGAGAACUAGUACAAAAUUAAAAUAAUUUAAAUGUGUAGAUCAAUAUAAGCUGCCUUGUUAUAUUAUUUUAAAAUUUAAAUAGCUAUUUAAAAUAAGGGCGAAUCGUACCAUAUCGAAACAAAUGAACCAAUGUAUAUUACCUUCCUUAGUAAUAAGCUUUAAAUGGUAUAGAAACCUAUUGUGAUAAAAUAUAUUAAUUAUUAUUUAGAGAUCUAUUUAUUUCUUAUCAUUUGUAAACUCCUAUAAUUUGCUUUUACCUUAUUCAGUUACCGUACCGUAAGAAUAGAUAUUUA